AUGACCAUCCAAUACAAGCAUAAAAUAAAUACUGCAUCGCCUUUAAAUUUUUUCCGGUUGAUCUUCAGGUGGCAUGGAGGAGUCUGUAGGGCUACACUACAGGAGUUAAUUAGUUGGCUAGUGCUCUAUGAGAUCAUUGCACUUAUAUACCACUUUGUGCUGAACAACAACCAGCAAAGAUUUUUCUCUAAAGUAGCAGUAGCAGUUAACAAACGAAUGAAUUAUGUUCCUCUGGAAUUCAUCCUUGGUUUUUUUGUCAAUGCUGUUGUCAAGCGAUGGAGCGAUUGCGUUCAUAAUAUGGGAUAUCUAGACGAUCAGGCAAUCUACGUGGCACAGUGUAUCGAGGGCGAUGAAGAAAGGCCGAGAAUGAUACGACGAACGAUAGUUCGUUACCUAUGCUUGACUCAGGUGCUCGUAUACCGAGAUAUUUGUGAGAGCGUUCGGAAAAGAUUUCCGACAUAUGGGACUAUCAUAAGAGCAGGUUAUUUGCUCAAUGAAGAGAAAGAAAAGUUAGAGGAUAUGGAUCAGCUAAAAAAAUUUACAGCUGGGGACGAUGACGGUAAAUACUGGAUGCCAGUCAACUGGGCAUUUCAAUUAGUAAUAGAAGCCAGGCGUAGCGGUUAUAUUAAAACCGAUAUUUGGUGUUGCAAACUUUUAGAAGAAAUGCGCAAAUUUCAAGCAAGUAUGCAGAAACUGUGCAAUUACGACUGGGUCCAAAUACCAUUAGCGUAUCCUCAGCAACAUAUACCGGUACCAUUAAUAACCCUGAUGCAGUUCAUAUUCUACCUUGGUUGGAUGAAAGUUGCUGCAGCCUUAAUGAAUCCGUUUGGUGAAGACAUAGAUGACCUGGAAGUCAACUUUUUGAUUGAUAAAAAUUUCGCAACUUCUACCUGUAUCGUUGAUGACGCCUUCGGUGACUUACCGGAACUACAACAUGACCUGUUCUGGUCUCGUCCAGUAGAGCCUAUAUACUCGACUGACUCAAUUUACCUGCCGUACAAUCGUUUAGUUGGGUCGGCAAUAGCAUCACAAAGAAGAAGUAAAACAGAAGUAACUGAACCUCGAAUGGCAAUCGUUCAAAGAGAUUCCAGAUACUGGGAACACCCAACUAUAUCUCCAGUCAAAGAAAUACGAUUUUAA